ACUCACUCCCUCUCUCUCCCUCCACUGGUGGUCAAUUGGUCAUGCCGUCCCCUGUACAUACACUCUAGCACUUAGCAGUAGGUCCCACAGCACCAACAGCACCACCAGCAACAACAACAUGUGAGUCCCCCAGCUGAGCACCUCGCACCAGUCAGUCCCCCUCAAUUACCACCACAACUACCACGCCCACCACGACGACCACGACUCCUCCCCCCACCCCGCUCCUCCACCUAUACCUCCUCCUCCUCCUCCUCCUCCUCACCCUCCUCUUCCCCACAACCAUGCCCCCACCAACACCACCCCCCUUCGCCACGCCCACAUACUGGGACGCACGCUUCCGCGCCAACCCCACCUCCUUCGACUGGCUCCUCCCAGCCAGCAGCCUGGACGGGCCGCUCAUCGACGCGCUGAACGCCUCUCCCGCGCCCAGCCCGCGCGUCCUGCACGUCGGCUGCGGCACGAGCGUGCUGUCGCUGCAUUUGCGCGCCCAUGUCCAGGACCCGCGCCAGGUGCAUAAUGUGGAUUUUUCGCGCGUGUCGGUUGAGCUGGGGGCGAGGUGGGAGCGCGAGGUGUUUGAGGGGGAAGGGCUGGAGCGAGAGCGGGAGGAGGGUGCCGAGGCCGAGACUGAGGCUACUGGAGGGAAGACGCCCCCCCGCAUGCGCUGGAGCACGCUGGACCUGCUGUCCCUGCCCGCCGUGCUGGCGUUGCUCUCGCAAGCCCAAGCCCAAGCGCAAAACCCAUCCGCCUCUGCCGCAGGCGCAUACGACCUCAUCGUCGACAAAAGCACCUGCGACGCCAUCGCCUGCGGCGAAGACAUUCCCGUCGCGCUACCCUACCCCAUCCAGCCCACCAGCACUACACACACUCCACACACACCAGCACCACAGUCCCCCUCGCCCACGUCCUCGCUCUUCAACUCGCCCUCCGCGACCCCUGCCCCCAGCACACCCACAAACCCAAACCCCCGCACCCACCCCAUCCACCCCAUCCACCUCCUCGCCGUCCACCUCUCCCUCCUCACCCCCCCAAAAGCGCGGUGGAUCGCGCUCUCGUACUCGGCCUCGCGCUUCCCGUGGCUGGAGCCCCUGCCCACCAGCGCGGCGGAAGGACUGCUCAGCCCCGAGGUGCUGGGCGCAGGGUUCCCGGACCCGGGGCGCUUGUGGCGGUUGGUGGGGCGGGAGCGGGUUGUCGUUGACGAGGGAGGAGGAAAGGGGGGACAUGGCGGCGUGGUGCACCGCCCGGAGAUCGGGCACUGGCUGUAUGUUUUUGAGCGCACGGGGGAGGGGGUCGGCGUUGUUGGUGAGGGGGUUGUGAGGGGCGAUCUGUAGAGAUCUGUUGAGAGAUGUAUAAAGAAAGAGAGAGAGAGAGAGAGAGAGACUGUACAGCUGAG